AUGGCGCAGGAGGUGGUCGAGGCUUGCGCCCAGCAGCAGUGGUCGCGCGCCGUUAAGCUGCUGACGGCGCAAAUAACGGAGGCGGAAGAGGCCAGCAGGAGUCCAGCCGAAGUCGCGAUGUUCCUCUGUAAUCGCGCGUGGUGCUAUCUGCACUUGGAUCUCAACAAGCACGCGCUCAAGGACGCCACGAGGGCCACGCAACUCGCUCCGAACCAGCCUCUUGCCUUCAUGCGCCAAGGUGCGGCGUGGCUGGCGCUGGGCAGGAAGGACGAAGCCAAGGCCGCCUUCAGCCAAGGCUAUCAAGCCGCGACCACCACCGGCAGUAGCGCUGCCGCCACCCCCCUUCCUGCGUCCUCCUGCGUUGACCUUGAGUUCGCGCUGCGCCUGCACUCGCUCUCCAUCGACCCCUCCUCCCCUCUAUCCCCAACACCCAAGCUCCCUUCUCCCUCUCACCAGACUCACGUGCUGCCUGCGUCUCCUUCUGCAAAUCCGCCUCGCACACCAUCCCCCUCAUCCUCACAUCGCGCUCCUGCUGCUACUUAUGCCGCCCAGAAUGGGUGUGUGAUUGUAGAGACGGGCUCGGGGGAUGCGUCGCCGCGCAGUGCGAAAGCGAAGGGGGCCAAUGGGGAGGUUGCAACUGGGGAGGUGCGGGGAGGUGCGUCUCCUAAGGAACAGAAGAAAGAGGGGAAGAAGAAGUCGGGUCGAGAAGGAGAGAAUAAAGGGGAAGGGAGUGGCGGAGGAGAUGACAGAGGGAAAGGGAGCAGUGGCGGAGGGAAGGGGUUGGGAGGAGCACGCGGCAGCCUGGCAUUGGAUUUGUUGAUUUCCCUUGGGAUUAACCAGGUCAAUUCAGGCAAGCUUGACGAUGCUGUCAAGACCUUCAACCAGGUUCUCGAGUCGGACGGGCGGGCGCUGGGUGCUCUGGUGGGGCGGGGCACAGCACGGGCUCUGCAACGCAAGCUCAAAGAGGCCGUGGCUGAUUUCACUGCUGCGAUUGAGAUUGAGCCGCGAGCAGCAGAGGCGUGGAAGCGGCGAGCUCAGGCGAGGGCUGCUCUGGGGCAGAUGGACGAGGUGAUUGAGGAUUUCACUCGAGCGUUCACCAUUGACCCCUCGUCCACGGAUGUGCUAGCUGAGAGGGGAGUGGUGUAUGUGAAGCAGCGUAACUAUCGUGCAGCCAUUUCGGAUUUGAAGACCGCUCUGGAUUCCAAUCCCAAGGAUGCCAAUGCGUAUAACUUUCUGGGCUUGGCACUGACGGGCACAGGGGCGUGCAUAGAGGGCGUUGCAGCGUACAAGAAGGCUGUGGCCCUGCGCCCAGAUUUCAAGGAUGCGUGGGUUAACAUGGGGCAGGCUUAUAAGGAGUAUGGCGAUGCAGAAAAUGCUGCGAAGUGCUAUCAGAAGGUCUUGGACGUGGACUCAAGCUUUGCCACGGUGUAUCGCUACUGGGCGCUGCUCAAGCAUGGCGUGGGCGACCACAGAGGCGCGUCACAGAUGGCGCAGAAGGGGCUGAGGCUGGAGAAGAGCAACAUCGAGCUCAUGUACUCGUAUGCCUCCUCCGAGCAUGCCGUGGGGGAAUACGCCACCGCGGUGCGCACGUACGAUGAGAUGCUGGGUGUGGAGACAGACUCGGAGUCCAAGCUGCUGCAGUUCCUCGGCUUCUACCAGCGCGAGAUCGCCCUUUACACGCUCUCCAAGCACGCCCACCCGCUCGCCCACUUCAGCCUCGACAGGGACCUCGACCCCUUCUUCAAGGAAGCAUGGUGCAAGAAGCUCCCCCCCACGCUGCUCUUCCCAGGCUACACCACCCAGCCGGUCCCACCCUCCAUCGCCGUGCGUCUGGGGAAGAAAGGCUCCUCUGCUUCCGGGGGCAGCAGCAGCGGUGGCAGUGGUAGCAGUGGUGGUGGUGCAGGUGGUGGUGGCGGCAAGAGCAGUGGGAAUCCCGAGGUGCAGAGGCUGCUGGAGCUGGCUGAUCGGAUAGGCCGGCUCACGCAGUACUCGUGCCCUGGCUUCCAUGGCAACGUCCGCCAGUAUCGCAUGGCUGGCCUUGCUGCCAUUGAAAUCGCCCAGGCUGUAGCAGCCGCCUGGGAACAGCGCGCCGACAUGUCGUCCUUCUCCAAGUCAUCAUCUGCUGACGUGUCGUCAUCUCCCGGACCAUCCGUUGAUGACGUGUCAUCGAUUUCCUUGGACGAUGAUGGGGGUAGCAGCAGUGGAGGAGAGGCAGUGGCAAGCGGCAGCAGAGGUCAAGAGGAGAGGAGGAAGGGAGGAGGUUCAGGGAAAAGCGGCGGAGGAAAGGGGGGAAAGAACAAGGGUGGAAAGGGAGGAGGGCGAGGGAAGGGAGGAGGUGGAAGCGGAGGGAAGAAUGCCUCUGCAAGCGCAGGAGGAGGAGUUGGGGCAGCGAAGGGAGUGCAAAUAAAGGGGUGGAGAGAUGCUUACUCCAUUGCUGUGCGCUGGAGGCAGCUUUCAGAGCCGUGUGACCCGGCUGUAUGGGUGGACAUGCUCACGGAGAAGGAGUUCCGAGCAGGCUUUGGAUCGCACACGCCUAUUCUCAUCGGGCAGACCAAGGUCGUGCGCUAUCAUGCCAACUUCGACCGGGCGUUUGCGAUAAUGAAGGAGGAGAUGCUGCAGUCGGGUGCGGUGCACAACGCUACUAACAACAGAGUUCCCGUCGACGCACCCGCCCAGAAAGCAGCUGUGGCGGCAGCCAAGGCAUGUGAGGAUCUGUAUCGGGUGGUGGGGGAGGAUUUCUGGAUCGUCACACCCUGCCACAGCAUGGUUGACCCGGGGAAGGUUCUCGAGGGCACACGACUCACUCUAGUGAAGACCCCCACGGGGUUUGACUUUGCCAUCCGCACGCCCGGCACGCCGUCACGGUGGGCGGACUACGACGCAGAGAUGGCGGCUGCAUGGGAGGACGUGUGCACAGUGGUGGGGGAGAAGAUGCAGGGCGGGGCAUGGAGGCCGCCCCUCGGUCCUUCCAUGGCGCGAUUUCAACGAGCCGUGCUGCGCCUUGCCUACUACUGGUACAACUUCAUGCCGCUGGCACGUGGAACAGCCAUGGUGGGGUACGUGGUGACGCUGGCGCUCUUCCUUGCGGCCCAGCUGCAAGUCACCGCCACCAUCCCGCCCAAACUGCAGGUGGACUGGGAGGCCAUUCUCUCAUCGCGCUUUGAAACAUUUGCCUCAGCAGUCAUGCCGUGGCUCUCCCCAUCAGUCACGCCUCUCACUGACCCCACGCUGCCCUCCUUCCCCUCGCUCACCUCCCAACUGCCCACCGUUGCCUCGGCUGUUGCCGCCCUCUCCUCUCCCCCCACGCCCUCCCGGGCAUCCUCCGCUGCUCGCUCUUAG